AUGCCGUUGGAUAGAUACAAUCGUCGCUUUACUCGUUCCGUUUCACCACAAACUUCAGCUGUUUUACCUUAUUACCGUCGCCGCUCUUCUUCUGUUACUUCUGGUGCUGCUUCUCCCGCUUCUUCUACUACUGCUUCUUCCGCCUCUAAUACUGUUUCUUUUGUUCCUUCUGUUACUACUACUUAUAAUUGUUCUUAUUAUUAUGACCCUUCUUGUUCUUAUGCUAUUCCUGAUUUUGUUAACUCUCCUUAUUUUACUCCUUCUGCUUAUGUUUCUCCUGCUUCUUCCGUUGCUUUGCCUAUUGCUAUUAUUUCGCCUACUAAUGUUUCUCCUGCUUCUUCUACUGCCGCUUCUUACACUUCUUCUACUGCUACUUCUUCUGCUUCUUCUAUUACUACUAUUUUACCUACUUAUGUUUCGCCUGUUUCUUCUACUGCCGCUUCUUAUACUUCUUCUACUGCUGCUUCUUCCACUUCUUCUGAUACUACUACUUCUUUUUCUUCUUCUUUAACUCCUUCUUAUGCUUCUGUUUUUACUAAUACUUCUUCUGCUCCUACGUUUUUUGCCACUAACUAUUCUAAUUCUGCUAAUUCUACUACUACUACUAUUUCUCCUGCUUCUUUUACUGCUUUAUUGACUGCUGCUUCUUCUGCUUCUUCCAAUACUACUACUUCUUCUUCUUUAAUUCCUUCUCAUGCUUCCGUUUCUAUUAAUACUUCUUCUGCUUCUUCGAAUACUACUUCUUCUUCUUCUUUAAUUCCUUCUUAUGCUUCCGUUUCUGUUAAUACUUCUUCUGCUCCUACGUUUUUUGCCACUAACUAUUCUAGCUCUGUUAAUUCUUCUUCUUCUACUACUACUACUACUAACUCUACUGUCCCUUCUAUAUUUUUUGCUACUGAUCAUUUAAAUACUUCUUUUACACAAGCUAGUCCCAUGAGUUCCAGAGAAAGUAGUGUGGCUCCUGGUAACAGACAUGAUGCAAAGAAAUCUGUCUUAACCUCUCCUGACAUUGAACUCGAUCCUCCUGUGGUUGUCAAUAGAGCACGAUUAUCUGUAAUUAGAAAUCAAAGAAAAAUAAAUAAUCGAUAUACCCCUUACAUUGGUUCAAGCUUGAAUGAAAGGGGUACACGAAAUCAUUUGGAAAUGGCAGAGGAUGUAUGCAAACAUUACAUCCCAAAACCUGCAAUGAGUCUUCAUCUCUGGAACCGACCUCCAAGGGCAGACCGGGUUGCCCUUCGAAAGAACAACACUGGAAUCAAAUUUAGGGAUGGGUUUAUCAAGCAUGCACGAUCCCCUGCAUCUCAUAAACCCUGUUAUAAUAACCUAUUCGAACAAUAUCAAAUUGAACGAUUAGGAAGAGAUGACCAAAGAUAUGAAAAAGCUAUAAGUAAAGUUGGAAAUCAUUUUGUCUUCGUUAGAUUGGUUCCAGUGAAUUUAUUGGUUGGAGUUGAUGGAAAGGUUUCAAUGGUUUCAAUAUAUGACUUUAUAAGAUUAGAAGAUGAUAAGCGUGAUUUAAUUCCAAUAUGUGAAUACAAUGUAUUCGCAUUAACCAACCAAAUAGUGACCAUUUUGGUAGGAGAUAUAAUGAGAUCAAUAGUAUAA